CAAGGCUAUAAAACGGUCGACUAUAGACGUCAAUGGAACACAAGUCCAAGACUCCUCCUGCAAUGAGGUCGAAACUUGAAACAUCUUUGGGCUGUCAUUCCCAGUCACCCCCACCCCGCCAAGCCGGUCGCCCCUCUUGUUUACCAGGUGCAGCAAGCAAGCAGCCAAAGCCAAAGCAGCAGCAGCAGCAACAGCAAUCCCGGAGGGGUGCAGAAAAUCCCAAGCCUUCGAAUGGCCACGAGAUCUAGAGAAAAAUUCGUUAUCCCAUUUCCCCUCCAGACCCGGGAUAUCAACACGACCGCAUUAGUAGGACCUCGUUCAUCUGGAGGCGAAAAAAGACCUCCAAAGAGUAUAAAUUGUAGCCUUGAGACAAGGCAAGGCAGACGAUCA